AUGCAGAUUCCGUGGCGGCAGAUCUCGAAGCCGCAGCUCGACAGCAUUUGUCUCGCACUGGCAGAUCGCAAGACCGACGCCCCUAUCCGCGCCGUUGACUUUAUGGACAACCAGCUGGGGCCUACAGGGGCGCUGAGGAUCGCCUCCUGCCUCGAAUCCUCGCCUGUGACCAAGGUGCUCAUCUGCUACAACGACAUCGGGAAGGAGGGGUGCGACGGGCUGGCUGAGGUGGUGAACCUCUCCAACAGCCUACACGUUCUCGAUAUCCGCGGCAAUCGCCUAUCCGCAAGCGACGCGCAUCGCUUACUGCGCUCCGUUUCCUUGUCGACGUCGCUGACGCGCCUCGGCUUGGCCUCUAACAGGCUUGGCCCUGAGGGGGCGGCGCUCGUUGCAAAAGUGCUGGAGAGCAACACAUACUUGUCCUCGCUGGAUCUCUCCGUGAACGAGCUGGGCGCGAGUGGUGCCGAGUACAUUGCCGGUGCCCUCCGCAAUCCUGCAUCGGCGCUGCAGGUGCUGCAGCUGCACGGCAACUAUCUUGGUGCAACUGGCGUGACUAUGAUCUGUGAUGCUGUUAAGACGAACAAGGAGCUCAAGCGGUUGACAUUGGGGAACAACCACGCCACGGAUGAGGCCGCUAGCGCCAUUGCUGCCAUGCUCAAUGCCAACUACAUCCUCGAGGAACUCGAUAUUCGCCUUAACACGCUCACGACGCGCGGUGUGAAGACGAUUGCGCAGCAGGGUCUUGCCAAGAAUACCACCCUCCGCAUGCUGUCGCUAUCAGGAAACGAGGUCGGCCAUGCGGGGGCGAACGAGCUCACGCACGUUCUCGCUUCUCAUCAGCGCAGCGCUCUGGGGCACUUGGACUUGAGCUCGUGCGGGCUGACCUCUAGCGGAGGUGUGCAGAUUGCUAGGUUGCUCAGCAUGUCCAUCUCCCUUAAGGAAAUCAACCUUAGCGACAACGCCCUUGACGAUGAGGCUGCGGUGCGCCUCGCACAGAGUAUUGCCGACAGCAUCUCCAUUUCCGUCGUCGACCUUUCCUGCAACGAGAUCGGCGAGGAGGGGGCCUCGCAGCUCAUUGGUGCGGUGCUACGGAACGCGCAACUUGCGGCGCUGGUCACGAACGGCAACAACAUCUCACGCGUCGCUCAGAAGAAGAUAGACAACGUGCUGGAGGAGCGACUGACCAAGAAUCGAGCACUGAGCCGGAAUACAGCGCUCUACCAGCAGCAGCAAGCCACCUGCUCUGCCGCCUGA